UUUUUUGGACAGCUGAGCUAUCUCUAUCUCACCCUGCUCAUCAUCUCUCUGUGUACUCUAAACAUGCUUUCAGUCAGUGUAUUUACAGGUUUUAUCGCGACAGUUCGAGUUAAACAAUAAUAAUAGUGGUAGUAUUUGAGGUGAAUUAAAGUGUUUAUCUUUAAAUCCUGAGGUAAGUUAAAGUGAAACUGGUUCUCUGAGCUGCUCGGUGUUGGUUAACAGUUUACUGACUGGAUCAUAAAUGGAGCUCUACUUCACACUGAAUUGGGUUUAGUGAAGAUAACUGGAUUUUACCUUGUAAAUACUUAAAGAUAAACAGUAAUAUGAUGCCCACAAGAGACUCCAGUCAUCAGCAAAAGACUGAUAUUCUUUGUACAGUAACCAGUGAGGUACGGAUGCAGACUGCCCUUCACCACUGCUCAGACUGUGGGAAGAGUUUUACUUAUCGGAGUAUGCUCCAAAGACACCAGCGCGUUCACACAGGAGAGAAGCCGUACGCUUGCUCCCAUUGUGGGAAGGGUUUUUCCCAGCUGAUCACUCUCCAACUCCACCAGCACAUUCACACAGGAGAGAAGCCAUAUGACUGCUCAAAGUGUGGAAAGCGUUUUGCUAGGCUAAGUAAUUUCCACCAGCAUCAACGAAUUCACACAGGAGAGAAACCAUUUAUCUGUGUACAGUGUGGGGCAAAAUUUUCUCACAAGUGUAAUCUCAAAACACACCAACGCAUCCAUACAGGAGAGAAGCCGUAUCACUGCUCACAAUGUGGAAAGAGUUUUGCUGAUAUUAGUAAUUUUCUACAACACCAACGAACCCACACAAGAGAGGAGUCAUUUCACUGCUCACAGUGUGGAAAGCAUUUUAAUUUACAGCGCCAUCUCCAGCAACACCUGCACAUUCACACGGGAGAAAAACUGUAUCCCUGUUUACAGUGUGGGAAGCGUUUUAAUCAAAAGAGGACUCUCUCGCGACACCAAAGUAUUCAUUCAGGAGAGAAGCCGUAUUACUGCUCACAGUGUGGAAAGAGUUUCAAUCGAGAGAGUAAUUUCCAAACACACCAGCGCAUUCACACCGGAGAGAAACCUUAUACCUGCUCAGAAUGUGGAAAGUGUUUUAAUCAACGAAGUGCUCUCAAAGCACACCAGCGCAUUCACACAGGAGAAAGGCCGUAUCAGUGCUCACAGUGUGCGAAGAGUUUUAAUAAAAAGGAUACUCUCACACAUCACCAGCGCAUUCACACAGGAGAGAAGCCAUAUCAGUGUUCACAGUGUGGAAGAAGCUUUAGUCACCCGAGUACUCUCCAAAGACACCAACGCACUCACACAAGAGACCAUUCGCUUCAGUAUGGACAGCAUGGAGAGAGUUUUGUGAAACUCAAUCAACUUUAAUGACACCAGCACAUUCACUCUGGAGAAAAACUAUAAAUGCAACCUUCAUUCCAAAAAAGUUGGGACACUGUGUAAAAUGUAAAUAAUAACAGAAUGCAAUGGUUUGUAAAUUGUUUUUUGACCUACGGUACCAGUCAAAAGUUUGGACACACCUUCUAAUUCGGUGGUUUGUAAUUAAGUCUCUUCAUGUCUUGAAGUAAUGUCAUUUCUAUUUACUUAGUUGAGCGGUUCUUGACAUAACACUGUAUGGAUUACUACAGCUGUGGAAUAGGGCUAUUUAUAAUAAGGGUAUUGUUAUUAUUUACUGUUUGAUCUCCAAACGCAUUAAGAAGACAAGAAACUCGUCCACUAAUUACCUUUUGACAAGGCACACCUGUUAAUUGAAAAGCAUUCCAGGUGACUACCUCAUGAAGGUGGUUAAGAUAAUGCCAAUAGUGUACAAAGCAUUGUCAAGGUAAAUGCUGGAUACUUUGAAGAAUCUAAAAUAAACAUGUUUUGUUUGACUUUU